AUGAAGAUCGAGCUGUGCAGUUUCAGUGGGUACAAGAUUUACCCCGGACAUGACAGACGCUACGCCAGGACCGACGGGAAGGUUUUCCACUUUCUUAACGCAAAAUGCGAUUCUGCAUUCCUUUCCAAGGGAAAUCCUCGGCAGAUAAACUGGACUGUCCUCUACAGAAGAAAGCACAAAAAGGGACAGUCGGAUGAAAUUCAAAAGAAAAGAACCCGCCGUGCAGUUAAAUUCCAGAGGGCCAUCACUGGUGCAUCUCUUGCUGAUAUAAUGGCCAAGAGGAAUCAGAAACCUGAAGUUAGGAAGGCACAAAGAGAACAGGCCAUCAGAGUUGCAAAGGAAGCAAAAAAGGCUAAGCAAGCAUCUAAAAAGACAGCAAUGGCUGCUGCUAAGGCUCCUACGAAGGCAGCACCUAAGCUAAAGAUUGUGAAGUCUGUGAAGGUUUCUGCACCCCGAGUUGGUGGAAAACGCCAAUUUGGUGGAUCAGAUUUUUAA